AUGUUAUGAACCGGGUGCCAAAAUUUCAUUCUCUUGCCUGACUUUGUUUUGUGUACAAAAUUUACGUUCAAGCUCCUAUAUUUUUAAAAUAAAUUAAGUAACUACACAAGUGUAUCACAGACAUGGAUGCCGAUGAGGAUUUCGUCCUUGACAAUGAGGCAGCCGAAAUUCAACGAUUGGAGUUGCCCGAAGAGGAAAAUAAACCCGUUGAUCCCGAGGAAGAAGAUGAACGAAUAGCCCGCAUCGAAUUCCUUUGUUCAGGUUGCGAAAUGCACGAGAUGGUUCAUUACUUUGGACGGAAACCUCCCUUUGCACUGGGGAUCAGGUAUCCGGAACCUAACUAUGUGAUGCGGGAUCCCUUUCAACCGCCUCCACCUCGUUGGCAAUCAAAGGCAGAAUACUAUAUAUCAUUGGGGACUAAAUGCUCUAUUUGCUCCAAGACAGUGUGCAAGGAUCCUGGGUGCAGUUUUUACUACACAUCCACUUUUUGCCUACCUUGCGGGCAGGAUAAUUUAAAAAAUUGGCCAGUGGAGGCUCAAGCACGAAUUCGAAAACAACUUUCAGCCAGUCAAAACAAUAAAAAAUAGAAUAGCUUGUAAAUAGUUAAUAAAUUUUAAAUAAAA